AUUUCUGCUUAAAGGUACAUACAACAUUUCUUUAAUCCUUUCUAUUUUUACAAUAUAAUUAAUUCUACUUUCACAUAUCCCAGGGAUAGGUGUCAUUGUAAAGGAAUAAUAGGCUAUAAUGGUUAAAGUAUUACUUGUUCUUGGAGCUUGUUCAAUAGCAAAGAUUUCCCUGGAGGUAUCUUGUAGGAGCAAGCACACCCAUUGUCAAUUUGCCAUUCUAAUGUCAGGCUUUUACAAUCCCUAAUCCCCUCCCCAAUUUCAUAGCAUGCAGCCCUCUAACAAUAAACAUUUGACAAGCUGACAAGGUCCAAGGUACAUGGGUGGAAUUAUGAAGUAUUGCCAGAGGGUGUGUUUAUUGGUAUAAAACUUAGCCAUACAUGUCUGUGCAUGCACAGUGCAGUGAGCUUUCACUGGAGAAAUGUCUCCUGGGGUUCAUCGUUGGCACUCACUUACCACAGUGCUGCUUCUUUUCAUGUCCUCGUUGAGUUUUGCUGCUGGUGGGAAGCUGCUUGUGAUGCCUAUGGAUGGAAGUCACUGGCUCAGCAUGAGAGCAGUGCUCAAUGAACUAAGGCAGAGAGGACAUGAAAUAAUUGUUGUUGCACCAGAAAUAAAUCUGUUCAUGGGAGCAUCAGAGUCGUACAUGAUGAAAACGUAUCCUGUGCCUUUCACAAAGGAAGAGCUGGAUGGACAUUUUCUCACAUUUGCUGAAACCAGUUUUAAGGAACAACCUUUUCCAUUAAGGAUUAUUACAAUAUUUGAAAAUGUUAAGCGCACCUCUGCUCUGCUCUUUGCCACUUGUACACACUUACUGUACAACAGAGAGCUGAUGGGAUACAUUGAAGGGAGUAACUUUGAUGCUGUCUUUACAGAUCCCAUGUUGCCCUGUGGGCAGAUCAUAGCUUUGCAUCUUUCUAUCCCUUCUAUUUUCUUCUUACGGGGAAUCCCAUGUGGCGUCGACGCUGAGGCUGCUCAAUGUCCAAACCCACCUUCUUAUGUCCCAAGAAUGCUUUCAUCUAACACAGACCGUAUGACAUUUACCCAGCGUGUGAAGAACCUAAUAAUCAGCUCAUCAGAGUCCCUUCUCUGUGAUAUUGCUUAUUCACAAUUUGAAAGUCUGGCCUCUGAGUUUCUGCAAAGACCGAUGACCAUGAAGGAACUUUUAAGUCAUGGAUCCAUUUGGCUGAAGAGACUUGAUUUUGUGUUUGAGUAUCCCAUGCCUGUGAUGCCCAAUAUGAUCUUUAUUGGCGGGAUCAAUUGUGGACAGAAGAAGCCAUUGUCUCAGGUUAGUGAUUUGUUUGGCAGGACAAGAGAAAUGCUGUUGGCAAUCACUUUAUUAUGUGCUCUGUACCAUAUAUAA